AUGCGGCUUCUCCUCCUCGCUGCCUCGGUGGCGAUGAUCUCUGCCACCGGGUCAGGAAUGUGCCCAGUGGCGGCAAGGGACCGUUGCGUCCAGCCUCUAGAGUCGCCGACAGACAUGAAUGGCAUUGCCUGGAACAUCCGCGAGUACUGGAUGAGACAGGUUCAGAACGUGCUCAGCGAAGCUUACUAUCCCCGCGUAUGCCCCCGGUACCCAUUUGCAGCCGUGCUUGUCAACCAUACCGCUGGCGAUGGCGACCUGGGCGACAUGAUCUGCACUGGGCGGAACCAAGCCCUGGAAACCGGGAAUGACAUUCUGCAUGGCGAAAUCUCCGCGAUAAUGAAUUGUUCCGCGAUACUCCAGGACGCGCACGGACAGUUUCGCCUGAGCCCCGACGAGGCGCGCAUCGCCAUGUCCAGUCUGACCCUAUACAGCAAUGCCGAGAGCUGCCCCAUGUGCGCCGCCGCCAUGCGCUGGGCCGGCAUCCGCAAUUACGUCUACGGUACAUCGAUCCAAACGCUCCUCGAUGCCGGCUGGCAGCAGAUUACCAUCUCGUCGGCAGAUAUCUGGGCACAGUCCACGGCUUUGGAUGGAGCAGAUGGAGGGGGAAUGGUGGGUCCCAUCGGACCGGUGCUCGCGCGAGAGACGGACCCGUAUUUUACCUGGCAGUAUGAUGCGUCCGCGCCCUGUCCGGGGCGAUGUACUCGGGGGGUUGAUGGACAGUGUACGUAA